AUGGAGGAUAGGGAAAAGAGCGGUCCUAAGCGGACCGUGAUGGAUGAGGGCCAAUCAAACGGGGAGCUGGGCACCAGAAGGGUGCCAGGCAUCUGCGGUCUGAUCAACUCAGGAAACUCCUGUUACAUGAACGCUGUCCUCCAGUGUCUGUGUAGCACCAUUCCUCUGGUAGAACACUUCUUUACCCCACACAUCAGGGACAAGCUGUCCACGCGGCAGAAUGAGGUUUCUGGAGCUUUCCUCAGACUGCUCGAGCAUGUCUGGUUAGCCCAGGGUGGCAGCUGGCCUCCUGCAGAAAUGCGACUGAGCGUAUGUGCUCUGCACCCACAGUUCAACAACGACUCCCAGCAGGACUCGCAGGAGCUGCUCCUCUUCCUCCUCAACGCCCUGCACGACAACCUGAGCAAGAAACGAGGCAAAAAGCUGGUGCUGUUCUCAGACUCAGGGCAGGACAGGACAGCCCUUUGCCUGGGGAGGGAAUCCACCAUUGUCACUCAGUUGUUUGAAGGCCAGCUCAGUUACGUUACUCUGUGCAUGUGCUGCGAACACCAAACACAGGCCAACCAAGUGUUCACCAUGCUCUCCCUCCCCAUACCCACAGACAGCUACAAGUGUUCACUCAGGGACUGCCUGGCUGUGUUCUUUCAGCAGAGCACUCUGACAAACAGUGACCAAAUGCUGUGCCCAGAGUGUGGGGUAAAACGGGACGCAGCAGUGGUCACCACCAUGCUCAAGCCUCCAGAGAUACUGGUCCUGCACCUAAAACGUUUUGACUGUCAGGGCUCUGUGAAGAGGAAGGUGAGAGCAAACGUGCUCUUUUCUUUAGAAAGCCUGGAUCUGAGGCCGUAUUUAUCCAAGCCCUCCACCUGGCACUCGGACUACUUCCUCUAUGGUGUGGUGAACCAUACUGGCGACCUGGAUUCAGGGCAUUUCGUAGCCUACUGCCACAGCGCCCUCACUCACAGCUGGCAUAAGUUUGAUGAUGCCAUGGUAACCGAGAUUCAGGAUUACCUCAUCCAGUCGCCGAGUGCCUACAUCCUCUUCUACUCCCGUCGGAGGUUCCACAGACCCAGGAUUCCAGGGUUAUGA